UCAAAUGCCUUCCAAUAUAGAUCCUGGGGAGAUGGUGGUGGGCGGUCGAGAGGCGAGAUUCAAAGUCAACGUAUCAUUGGAUCGGGUCAAGAUAGCAUGGUUAAAGAACAUACGGUUACCAUUAUCUUUCGGGAAGGUGCAAGAUUUUUACCUAGGAAGGUAAAGGAUGAUUUAGUUAGGGCAUACAAAGAUGCAAGAGUGCAGGACCGCAGUUUCGAGGCCGCAAGCUUCAGCAGUGGGAGGGUGAAGGUGGAGAGUCCCAACGUAGUUUCCUACGUUGCGAAGUCAAGAGUGAUUGCGUCAUGGUUGGUCCUUAAGGCCCGGGACGAGAUUACAAUCGGAGCGAAUGUCUAUAAAUUGGACUUCAAACCAUGGCUGUCUAAAGUCCAGUUGAGAGAGCAAAGGAGAGAAGAGGACGAACUUUCCUUCUGGGUGAUUGCGGUUCAAGUGCCGUUGGAUUCAUUUUUCUAUCUGGAGGCUCAAAUUUCGAAGGCGAUAGGGCAGGUUACUCGCACACAUCCUACAGAGCCUGACCGCCUCAAGCCGUCACUGGUGAAUAUCAAGUUUGACCUUGAUCCAGCUGCUCGCCCUAAUAUGAAGGACAAGAUCUGGGUCGAGACAGCAGAAGGUGACAGUCUUGAAGUAAAGUUGGCGUCCUUAGACACUCCGAAGUGCAGACGCUGUCGAGCUGUCUUCCAUACGGAGUCGGAGUGUCGGCGUAAUCCAAGACAACAACAGGCAGGUAGCCUCCAGCCACAAGGCGGCGGUCAGCAACCCUUCACGGGUCAAGGGUACAGCGGCCCCAUGGGACCUCUAGGGUUGUCUCCCUCGAUGGCAGCCUUGCAUUCUACCUCAGCACCGGCCCCACCAGGCAACCAAUCCUUUGCAUCGGCCCAGUUCAACCCAGUCUUUUCUCCUGCGAAUCAAGGGUUUCAUGGAGGUCCGCAGCCUCAGCCUGGUCCUUUCCAAGGUUAUCAGACUUGGACAGGGAACGCUUUUCUGCCAUGGAUGCUACAUCAAGGACAUCAACAAACAGGAACUCCGUUGAGCUUCGGCGUACCAUCUUUUCAACAGGGACCACUUGGAGUUUUUCCGAGUGUAGGAGGUUUCCUGGGUGCUGGUGAUCCUCAGCCUUCGUUGGGAGGUGCAGGCGGUGUCGCCUCAUCAGCAGUUGGAGGAGGCUUGGGUGCAGGCGUACCGUCAGGCUCACCGUUAAGAACCGGCAACUGUGCAGGGGGGGCGCUCCCCCGGGAUGGAUCGAUGGCUCAAGGGGGACCAAAUGCGUCAUCCUCGGCAGCACCGAGACCGAGAUCUAUCACUCCUGGGAAGCAACGACGCUUAGACCUGGAAGGUAGCUUCAUUUCAGGGGACUUGAGAAGUGAAGGGUCAGCUUCAUCCAAUCCAAGAUCAGAAGAUUCACAAGGCCGCAUCAAAGAAGUAGGGACGUCGGGCAGCUCUGCAGCUAAACGGAAAGCCCCGACCUCCCUAGGUCGUGGUCAACUUCAACAGGUGGAGAAUCGUAUUCUCCCACUCUUUUGCACAGCCACCAGGAAUGCCCUUUGGGUAGUUGCCUGGGCAGCAACGGAUGGAGUAUCCCAAUUGGUAAGUAUCCCUGGUCCCGAACAACCGAUGCCCUCUGCAAUUGCGGUGUUGGUAAGAACUGUAAGACUUUUGGGGUUCACCUCUAUUUAUGCUCCUGUCGACGGUAGAGCCCGGUCGCAAUUUUUUCAAGAAUUGUUGUUGAUUGUGCCUGAGGCAGACAAGUUUGUGUUCGCAGGAGACUGGAACACAACUUUGGAUGCCACUGCCCCUCGUUCAACCAAUGAUAAGCUCAGCCUUUUAUCUGUAAUGGAAGCCUUCGACCUCAUCGACCCAUAUCGGUUAUCUCACCCGGAGCUACCAGGGUACACCUGGUUUUCUCACUAUAGAGAAAAUACAGGCGUUACUAAGAGGAGACUAGAUUUCUUUCUCACCUCUUCCAAUGUGUGGGAAUCAAUUAGUAGGGUAGGGUUAUCCUCUGGAUCCUUUUCAGAUCAUAAACCUAUCAUUAUUUCACUCCACACUGCGGUAGCCUCAAGGGGUAAAGGCCUCUUUAGAUUCAACACGGUAAAUUUGAAGGAACCAGGGCUGGUGGAAUGGAUGAAUCAGUUCUGGCUGGACUGGAAAACAAAUCUGCGUAAUUUCCCGUCUAUGGCUGAAUGGUGGAACUCCGACUCUCAGUUAUUUUCCAAUAUAUUAAAUAUCUUCUCUCGUUUGAUGGCGUACCAAAGAAGGCAUAAAGUGGAGGCUCUUAAGAAACGCAUACAGUAUGCUGAGUCUCGCAUGCUAGAACAUCCGAUCUCGGAGAAGGUAUGGAGCAAAGAAAGACUGAGACUCCGUGCGGAAUGGGAGGAGGUUGAAGUGAAAGAGUCAGAAGUUUGGAUUGAGAGGCUUCGGGUCAGAGGUAUUGUCGUGAACGAUAGAAUGACGAAGGAAGCCUUCCACAAACUCCUCCCUCGCCAAUCAAGGAUCUCCAUGAAGGAGCUCAAUCAUCCUUUUGACCAAUUGGCCCCUGUGGCUAAAGACCUCAUACACUUGUGCGACUACGCCGCCCUGUACUACAGGGAUAUCCUGACGUCCCGCCUUCAGGGGGCGGAUGUGAGAUCUGAUCUUUAUAAGACCACAAGCCACUGGGAUAACACCACCGUGAGAUUAUCGCAGAGUGGUAAAUUAGAUCUUGAUCGGCCUGUAACAGUCCUUGAAGCCCAUGAAGCACUGAAAGCGAUGGCUAGUGGGAAAGCACCGGGCGAUGAUGGUUUGCCUUCCGAACUGUUUUUAGUAAUAUGGGAUGUGGUUGGGGACAGUCUUGUUGAAAUUUAUAAUGAGGUUCUGCUUGGAGGAAAAUUAGCAGCCAACAUGUCGAGAGGUAUCAUCUCUGUAUUGUUUAAAAAGGGUGAUAAAUCUGAGAUCAGAAACUGGAGACCAAUCUCCGUUCUGAAUGUCUCUUAUAAAAUUCUUGCCAAAGUCCUAGCAAGGCGCUUGGGCCGUUAUUUACCGGAUUUGGUUAAAGAGGACCAAGCUGCCUUUAUCAAAGGGCGUUCCAUCUUCGACAACAUUGUCACAACUAUUGAAACCCUGGAGAUCAUCCAGGACAACCAGUUGGACAUGGCCGUCCUGUUGAUAGAUCUGGAGAAAGCAUACGACCGGGUCAACUGGUCAUAUGUUCUCUCCACAUUAGACUGGAUGGGCUUUGAGAACCAAGGGGUGGGGCUAUGUAGCCCAGACGGCCAGGGCCGUCUGUUUCAAUGUAAUCUGGCAUGAAAGAAACGAAAAAACUUUCCAUGGCUCAGACUCCACUAAUCGGCAACUCAGAAGA